AUGGAUCCACCACCCCAUCCUUCCAUGAUACCUGCAUCUAUUCAAACUGCUACAACCACCAAUAAUCACCAGAUUCACCAGAACUACCCUGAUUCAACGAACUCUUCGCCACGGUCUCAACAUAUAGAUACAUGGGAUGAACCUCUACCACCAGUUCCGGGUGCCAAAUUGCGCCUGAUGUGCAGCUAUGGAGGUCACAUUAUUCCUCGUCCUCAUGACAAGUCUCUCUGCUAUUUAGGUGGUGAUACACGCAUUGUCGUGGUGGACCGCCAUGCCUCUCUCUCAGACUUCCAUUCGAGGCUCUCCCAGACACUCCUCAAUGGCCGCCAAUUCGUUCUCAAGUAUCAGCUUCCCAAUGAAGACCUGGACUCCCUUGUCUCCAUCACUACUGAUGAGGACCUGGAAAACAUGAUAGAAGAGUAUGAUAGAAUAAACUCAGCUUCACCCUUGAAACCUCCUCGCCUUCGCUUAUUUCUCUUUGCUGUCAAGCCUGAAACUGCAGCUUCAAUGGGAUGCCUGCUUGACGAUGCAAAGUCUGAAACGUGGUUUGUUGAUGCUUUAAAUGGUGCUGGUUUGCUUCCUAGAGGACUUUCAGAUUCAGCUGCUGUUGAUAAGUUGCUGGAACUUGAUGAGCCUCGAGUAAACGUGGAUUCUGGUACAGUUAUAGAGGCUCAAACUUUGACUUCAGGUGGCAACAAGCAAGCGAUUAAUAACGCCAUUCAGGAUGUACAAUCAACAUUUUCUGAUUCACCUAUGGUUGAAACAACCUCUUCAGUUGAGUCUAGUGUUUCGUCUCCAUCAAUGUCGAAUCUUCCUCCUAUUAAGGUUAGGAUUGAUGAGACAAAUGCAAGAUUGGGUGGAUUGGAUGAACAGUUCUCUCAGAUGAAUGUUGCUUCAAAUGCGCAAAAGCAAGAUGAUCGAUCCAUUCAUAUGGGAACUUCACAACCACCUAUUCCUAUAAUCGUUGGUGGGGUUGGGGUGCAGUCUGGAGCUGUUACAGGGGAGAAUGUGACUCGCAUUAUCUCAGAUGAUGAGAAAUCAGAUCUUGGAGCACCACCUGGUGGACCCCGGAAACCUCCUCUGCCUUUGCAGUCUGUACCAAGAAAAUUUGGAGAUGCUUAUAAUUUGCCAUCACCAGAUUCGAAGCAUGCUGGAGGUUACAACUUGCCUUCACCUGAUUCUGUAGCCAGUGAUUCAAGCAUUGCAUCUUCUGCCUCUCUUUCCAAACACACAAUUUACCAGGACCCUGCUUCCUCUGCAACCAGAGAGAAUAGAAUUCCUUCUUCUGGGGUUGAUCACCAGAGUAAUAUUACGGAUCCAAGCCCUCUAUUUCAAAUGCAGCAAGUUCAAGAGACAAUGGUUCUGCCACCCUCGCAGCAAAACCAGCUCCAACAACAGUUCAUUCAAACCAGUGCACAUUAUAUCCAGCAUGCUGCAACGGGUCAAGUGCCAGUCUCAUCUUACUAUCCCGUUUAUGCACCCCCACCGCAACAGGCAAUUCAUCAACAAAUUGAUCAGCAGUAUCCAGUGUACUUGCUGCCUGUUACUCAAACCCAACCUUACAACCUAGCAGUGCAGUCCAAUAUAGUUGAUGCAACAUCAGUAGCCGCAGCCCGACCACCAACACCAACUCCAAGCUAUGUUCCUUCCACUGCUUACAAGGAAAUUGCUCCACAAAUUUACCCUGCAAAAACAAUUACAACAAAGCCUGAAGUGCCAGCCAAUUUAUACAGAACAGCUGGUACUGCAACCCCAACAUUAGUUCAAGUUCCUGCCAACCAGUUUCAGCAACAAUACUAUAGCCUUUCUCAAAUGCCUCCUCCAUCACAGUCCAUUCCAGGUGUUUCUGCAUCUGUUACAAAUUAUGGCUAUGAAUAUGCUCACCCAACACAUGAUCAGGCAUACUAUGCUCAACAUCCAACUGCAACACUACCUCAGUACCAAACAAUUUCCCCAGCUGCAGCAAUAAUGUUAUCACAGACUUCUACUCAAUUGGCUACAGACGACACCUCACAACAAAUAAGUAGCACACAAUUAUAGAUCGAACGAGGAUUCGAUUGAGGUGCUCCACUUAUUCAGGCUCUGAUUGGACAGUUUCUUUGCAGGCAAUGUGGUAAUUUGGAUUGGGAGUUGUGGGCUGUUUUGGCAUUUUGGAUGUGGUUGCAAUAGGAUUGUGUCUUUCAUGUGUCAGGUGGUGGUGAAUGUGGCUGCUAAAUUAUUGUCUAAUUACGUAUUUGUCCUUCAUAAUCAUUU